GAUUUUUUCUUUCUCCCGCUAAACGGUUGAUCGAGUGCAGAAGGGUAGCACGCUAAGCUUGGUUAGUUGCGAACUAUGCCUCUCUUUUUUUGUAAGAACGUUGCCAUGAAUGGUGAAGAAUUGCGCCCUUAUGUUGGCGGAUAUUCUGUGUUCAUCCUCUAUUUCUACACUUGUGAUCUCAAUUCCUUCUGUUUCUCUGCUUGAUUCGGUCCAAGGCUUUGGCGUGCGUUUUUGCUGCUAUUUCGUGGUGAAGUCUGGAUUUUUGUUGCCUGUUUGAUAUCUGAGAAGCUCGAAGCUGAUUUUGUUAUCGAUUUGUAUAAUAUCUGGUGGUAAAAUGACUUUUUCUCGAUUUUUACUCGGUGAUGCAUGAAUUAUGGGGGCGUACAAGAACACUAAGUGGAGCUUUUGAUCUCUAAAUAGAUUACUAUAAACCUUUUCCGUGUGCUCGAUGGUGGUAAAGUUUGGUUUUUGUGGCAAGCUUAGAUUCUGCUGCUGAGACACUGAAGACACAGGGAUAGAACACGAAAAAUGGGUAAGAAAGGGAAGUGGUUUAGUGCUGUGAAGAAAGUCUUCAGCUCCUCUGAUCCAGACGGGAAGGAAGCAAAGGCUGAGAAGGCGGACAAGUCAAAAUCCAGGAGGAAAUGGCCAUUUGGCAAGUCGAAGCACUCCGAUCCUUCAACCUCAACGGUGUCAGGGACUGCUCCAGUAGCUCCGUUGCCGCCGCCACCACCAACACAACCUACUCAGCCACACUCUCAGGAGAUCAAAGAUGUCAAGCCAGUCGAAACAGACAGUGAGCAGAGCAAUCAUGCCUACUCCGUUGCGCUUGCAUCUGCUGUCGCUGCAGAAGCUGCUGCAGUCGCUGCCCAGGCCGCUGCUGAGGUUGUCCGCCUCACCGCAGUCACCACGCCCACACAAAAAAUGCCUGUUAGUUCAAGGGAAGAACUUGCUGCCACCAAGAUUCAGACUGCCUUCAGGGGUUAUCUGGCAAGGAGAGCACUGCGGGCACUAAGAGGGUUAGUUAGGUUGAAGUCGCUAGUUGAUGGAAAUGCUGUAAAACGCCAAACUGCUCACACCUUGCAUUGCACACAAACGAUGACAAGAGUUCAAACUCAAAUCUACUCUAGACGGGUGAAGAUGGAGGAGGAAAAACAGGCUCUUCAAAGGCAGCUCCAAUUAAAACAGCAGAGGGAACUUGAGAAAAUGAAGAUUGAUGAAGACUGGGAUCACAGCCAUCAGUCCAAAGAGCAGGUCGAAGCCAGCCUAAUGAUGAAACAGGAAGCUGCACUAAGACGAGAAAGAGCACUUGCAUAUGCAUUUUCUCACCAGUGGAGGAAUUCUGGUCGAAGUAUAACUCCAACUUUCACGGAGCCUGGGAAUCCUAAUUGGGGCUGGAGCUGGAUGGAACGCUGGAUGACAGCGAGGCCUUGGGAGAGCAGAGUGGUAUCAGACAAGGAUCCUGAAGACCAUGAUCUGACAAAUGUUCGAACGUCUCUACCACGCGCCAUCUCAAUCCAGAGACCAGCAAAACCAAACAAGUCGAGCCGUCCGCCAAGCCGGCAAUCACCAUCAACACCCCCAUCGAAGGCUCCCUCUGUUGCAGGAAAGAUCAGGCCAGCAAGUCCAAGGGCUAGCUGGCUCUACAAGGAGGAUGACAUGAGGAGCAUCACAAGCAUACGCUCUGAACGCCCAAGGAGGCAGAGCACAGGUGGAGCCUCGGUCCGGGACGAUGCAAGCCUAACAAGCACACCACCUCUUCCCAGUUACAUGCAGUCCACAGAGUCUGCCAGGGCUAAGUCUCGGUACCGCAGUCUAUUGACUGAGAAGCUUGAGGUUCCUGAGAGAGCACCUCUGGUCCAUUCAGUAGUUAAGAAGCGCCUGUCAUUCCCGGUUGUCGACAAACCGAGCAUUGUGCCAACAGAAAAGCUGAAGGAAAGAGGGCGACGCCAUUCAGACCCUCCGAAGGUUGAUCCUGCCUCGCUUAAGGAUGUCCCUGUUGCCUGAUCAGGCCUUAUGAUUGUUAGGUUGUUGUUUUUUUCUUUAUUCCACUAUGUAUUCUCCAAUUUAGGUUGUGUCCACCAAGCCAAGCGAAUCCUCUUUGUAA